UCUUGGAUUUGUUUGUUAAGUACUGCUUUUUGCCAGGUUUCUUCUUCCAGAAGCACGAAAACACCAGAAAACCGAGGAAGAAACGAGAAAGUUCUCCCGGAAAAUGAACCUUGCCCGAGUUUUCUGCAGAAGAUUACACCAAAAAUGUCUGGCUUCUGAAUCCAAAUCUCAGAUGAGAGUCGAUACGGUCGCAAGGGAUAUUAUCAGACCUUCAUCCCCGACCCCUGACCACUUGAGGCACUUCAAACUCUCUCUUCUGGAACAGCUCGGUCCUACGAUCUUUGGCCCUAUGGUUUUCUUCUAUUCAAGCAGCAGAUUCAGACAAGCCGAGCAACUGCAGAAGCUGAAGAAAUCGUUGUCCGAGACAUUAUCUCAUUUCUACCCUUUAGCUGGACGACUCAAAGGGAACGUUAGCAUCGAUUGCAAUGACUCGGGUGUUGAUUUCCUUGAAGCAGAAGCUGAUUCUUCACUUUCGGGGUUUCUAGAGGAACCCUACUUAGAAGGGUUGCAGCAACUGAUUCCGACACAGGUUGAUUCACCGGAGGCAAGAACAAAGUUACUUCUGGCGCAAGCAAGCUUCUUUAGAUGUGGAGGCAUAGCUCUGGGCGUUUGCCUUUCCCAUAAGAUAGCCGAUGCGUCUUCUAUAGGUCUGAUCAUGAAGAGCUGGGCUGCCAUGUCGGCUCGAGGAUCCAUGAAAACCGUUGGAUUUCCUGUCUAUAACACAGCAAAUCUCUUCCCGCCGGGAAAUUUCUCGGACACAGAUCCUGCGCCGGUGGUUGAGCCAGAGAUCAUGAAAAAGACGGUUUCGAAGAGAUUUGUCUUCGGCGCUUCCGACAUCCAAUCUCUGCAAGCGAAAUCUGCAAGCUCUGAAGUGAGCCAACCGACAAGAGUCGAGGCUGUCUCUGCCCUCAUAUGGAAAUGCGCAAUGAAAGCAACGAGAACAGUAUCAGGAACACCGAAACCAUCAGUGAUCGCACACGCUACAAAUAUACGCCGGCUUGUCUCUCCGCCAUUGCCGGAGACCUCCAUCGGCAACCUCGUAAGCUACUUCGCGGCUCGAGCAGAGGAGGAAAACCAGACAAAGCUUCAGAAUUUGGUCUUCCAGAUAAGGAAAGCGAAACAGAACUUUAGAGAUAAACACGUACCCAAGCUAAUAGGAAACCCAGAAGCUCCGGACAUCAUCUGCAACCACCAGAAAGAAGCAGGGGAUAUGAUCGCGAGUGGGGAGUACGAUUUCUACAUCUUCUCGAGCGCUUGUCGGUUCGAUCUGUAUGAAACGGACUUCGGAUGGGGAAAACCGACAUGGGUCGGAGUUCCGUCUGUACAGCAGAAGAACAUGAUGGUGCUUUUCGACACGAAGGAGCCUGGAGGAAUCGAAGUGUGGGUUAAUCUGCAUGAAGAAGAGAUGGAACUCUUUGAAAAAGACAGCGAAUUUAUCGAAUUCGCUUCUCCAAAUCCCUGCAUCAUUGAACCCUUUCUCCAUGUCCUUUGAUCGCUACAGAACCGAAGCUUCCAGGGCAGAUAUGUAUGUUCUUCAAGGAAAAGAGAAAGAUACAACGCGGAAAUCAACUAGCCGUUGGAGGCUACAAAAUGAUGACGUGGAAAAUGAAAUAAUCCAAUAAAUAAAUAAUAAAUGAAAAUUAAUGUCGGUGAACUUUUUUUUUUUUUUGUUAAAGGUCGGUGAACGGGCAUUUAUCUUUAAAUGAUAAUGAGAAAUGACCGUUCGGUUUUAAUUCAAAGAUUGAGGUUGGAGCGGAACCGAAGAUCGAGAAUCGCAGAAGCGAAGAUCGAGAAUCGCAGUUUACAAGCGAAAGCAUAAGGAAGGCGAGGACUCACAUGAUUAGGAUUAGGGUUUUUCUCUUUCAUCUGUUCUUCGCCAGGAAAAGCUUUCAACUCCCAAUGGAAUCAAGGCAAGAUCUUGCACUGUAUCUUCUCCUUUCAGCUUCCGGAUUGAUGAAAGAGCAGAAAAGAGGAAAGAGGUAUAAUUGCCCUGAGAAGACGAAGAUGGAGCAAUAGAUUAUUAACUUUCUUGUUGUGGCUUUGUUAGUUCUUCAAGAAAGUUGAAGAGAAGAACAAGAAUGAGGUGGCUGAAAAAGAUCGAUCGCUCUCUGGCUUAAAGGCAACGCGUAUCACCCACUUUGCUUAUAAAGCUACUGCAGGUUCAGUCCGAAAGCAUUUCCAGAACUUAAAAAAUGGAUGUCUUGAUGAGAUUGGGAAAGCAAGAAAUGAGUGGGCAACAUCUCCGGAGACAUCAAAAUUUAGGUACUUUUCUUUCUUUCUUCAAAGUUGGAUUUCUUAUCUCGUUAGGGAGACAAGCCGGCAUGUCUUCUUCCUAUUUUGGAUUUUAGAAUCCGGUGGUCAACAGGCAAAAAUACCCUGUAAGCAAGUCUCUCUUUUAUGGGAUUUUUCCCUUUUUGAGAAAGUUUUAAUCUUUUUUUUUUGAAUGAUCAUAUGCAGUUUUGUUUGCCCUUUUUCCAACAGAGCUCUUAUAAACUGAACUAACAAUCUCAAGGGGUUAUAUAGUGAAUCGUCUCCAUUAACCCAGAAGAAUCGCAGAAGCCUCUGGCGUUGCCCACAUGCUUCAAGAGCGAGAUUCCCAUGUCUCUUGUUUCAGGGCAUCAUUUCUCAGGCUGUCCUGUGAAACGGGACACUGGGUUUGCUGUGCCGACAAGAAUACAACACAGUGUCCAAACCGACAAUGACCGCGAGAGGUUGACAACUCAUGCCGCUUUUACUUUCCCGCCGGUGUUUCUGACAAAAGGAGGCCGAGACACAAAGCAGAAGCAGGUCAAGCAAGACCUUUUCGAGGCCAUCGCCCUCCUCGACCACGCUGCCAUGCCUGACGACAAGCUCCGUGUGGAUCAGUCUAUUACAAUCCAGAACCUUGAGAGCAAUUUCAUAAGUCAAAUCGAUGGGCACUGGUUCAUGAUAGUAAAACAUGAUUGCUAAUGAGGAUUCGUAUGGAGAAUACAUUAGCAAUUCUAAUGAGGAUUCAUAUGGAGAAUACAACAUACAGGUGACGGAUAGUGCGUAAGCUGGAAGCGGUUAAUCCUACUAAGGCGCCUCUGAAUUCCGAUUUACUCAAUGGAAAAUGGGAGAUCAUUGAUACGACCUCUGUGUCCAUUUUUCAGAUAAAGUAUGCAGAUACCACAGACGAGACUGAGCUCAGCCUCACCAAGACAAUGUAGGAACCAACAUCUAUGCUUGAACAACAAUGAGAAGUCUCAUCAUCCUCCACAGGAGAUUCUUCGGUAAUCACAAGAAUUACCGAGAAUGCUGCAGGAGAGAAGCAAAGACACAGAAAGAUCCAUCCUUCCACUCCUACCACUUCACUACUGAAGAGGAAAACUCGGGAAAAUCUUUCUCUGAUCCAUAAGUGGGUUCUCCAGCAUUAGUGAAAAAAUCGUUGAUACGUGGAUAGCUGUCUUGACAUAGAUGCCAGCAUUCUAUGGUGUUGAGUGAAAUAGAAAGUUUUGUUUUCAGCUCUGUUGAUUUCCUCGAAUUCGUGUAUAUAGCCAAUGUAGUACUACUUAGAUGUAGAAUGUAUGCAUUUUUUUUGCAUGUUAUUUGCCCUUUGUCAAAAGCUUCAGAAACUCAUUGAUCACGCGUCUGUUAGAUUUUCAUCGCUGUUUUGAUCUUGUAUUGGUGUGUAGCCUCUUCCUCCUAUGGGUUGAUGGGGUUGAUUUGGUUGGUGCAAAGAAAACAACAGGGGUGAAAGCAAACAUGUGCAGAGGCAAACCGACAUGGGCCGGAGUUUCGUCUGUACAGCAGAAGAACAUGGUGGUGCUUCGGGACACGAAGGAGAGCCUGGAGGAAUCGAAGUGUGGGUUAAUCUGCAUGAAGAAGACAGGGAAUUUAUCGAAUACGCUUCUCCAAAUCCCUGCGUCAUCGAAUCCUUUCUCCCUUUCCUUUGAUCACUACAGAACCGAAGCUUCCGGAGCAAAUAUGCAUGGUCUUUAUACCAAAAAAAAAAAUAUGCAUGGUCUUCAUGGAAAAGAUAAAGAUCCAACGCGGAAAUCAACUAGCCGUUGGAGGUAAAGUAUGAUGACGUGGAAAAUGAAUUAAUGUCGGCUAUCCUCUUUUUUUUUGGUUAUAGGUCGGUGGACAUAAUAUCCUUAAAAGAGAGAAUUACGGUCAUAAUCAGAGUUUCAAUUCAAAUCUCGAGGUUGGAGCGGAAGCGAAGAUCAAGAAUCGCAGUUUCCCAGGGAAAGCAUUACGAACGCGAGAGAGAAAUCACAGGAUUAGGGUUUUUCUCUUUCCUCUGUUCGAAGUAUUCAGUGUUUUCUUUCUUCUUCUUCUUCUUCUUCUUCUUCUUGUCUGUCUGGAUUGCGAGAAAAUGGGAGACCGCUUGUCUGGCUCGCUUAUUUCCGUGAAACCGAAGAGAUUGCGAGAAAAUGGGGGAAUCCCUACCGCAUUGCAGCCAAGAAAAGCUUUCAACUCCUAAUGGAAUCAAGGCAAGAUCUUGCACUGUAUCCUCUCCUUUCGGCUUCCGGAUUGAUGAUAGAGCAGAAAAGAUGAAAGAGUUCUUCAAGAAACUGGAAGAGAAGAACAACAAUGAGGUGGCUGGAAAAGCUAGUGCAGAUUCAAUCACAUGCAUUUCCGUAAAAAAUGGAUGUCUUGAUUAGACUAGGAAAACUGGGGAGAACCUUUCUCGGCAUACCCAUCAAUGGAUUCUCUAACACAAGUGAAAAAAUCAAUGACCUAUGCAUAGAUGUGUAUCAUGUGUUGACAUAGUUGCCAGCAUUCUAUGGUGUUGGCUGGAGUAGAAAGUUUUGUUUUUGGGCUCGGGUUAUUACAUCGUGUUCGUAUCUGUAGGCUAUGCAGUACUCUAGAUAUAAAUACAUAUAUUUUGCAUAUUAAUUACCCUAUCGGAAGCUUCAGCUUCAGAAACCCGUUUAACAGUUGCUUAUUAUAUUUUCAUAGCUAUUCUGAUCUUGUGUGGAUGCGUAGCUUUCUCAUUUGGUUUUCAUGAGGUUGAUGCUGAUAUAGAGAAAACAACAGGGGCGAAAGCUAACGUGUGGGCAACAUCCCCAGAGGGAGCCGACAUCAAAAUUUAGGUACUUUUCUUUCUCUCUUCAAAAUUCAAUUUCUUAUCUCGUUAGGGAGACAAGCUGGCAUGUCUUCUUCCUCUUUUGGAUUUUAGAAUCUGGUGGUCAGGUCAACAGGCAAAUGCCCUGUAAGUAAGUCUAUCUUUGAUGGGAUUUUUUCCUUUUCGAGAAAGUUUUAAUCUUAUUUUUUUUAUGAAUCAUGAUCAUGCUGCUUUUUAAUGUUUCUUAGUUUGCCCUUUUUCCAACAGAGCUCUUAUUAACUGAGCUAGCAAUCUCGAAGGUUGAUAUAGUGAAUCGUCCCUAUUAACCCAUAAGAAUCGCAGAAGCCUCUGGCAUUGCUUACAUGCUUCAAGAGCGAGAUUCUCAUGUCUCCUGUUUCCAGGCAUCAUUUCUCAAGCUGUCUUGUGGACAACAUCUCCAGAGGGAGCCGACACCAAAAUUUAGGUACUUUUCUUUCUCUCUUCAAAAUUCAAUUUCUUAUCUAGUUAGGGAGACGAGCUGGCAUGUCUUCUUCCUCUUUUGGAUUUUAGAAUCUGGUGGUCAGGUCAACAGGCAAACACCCUGUAAGUAAGUCUAUCUUUGAUGGGAUUUUCCCCUUUUCGAGAAAGUUUUAAUCUUUUUUUUUUAUGAUCAUGAAUCAUUAUCAUGCUGCUUUUUUUAUGUUUCUUAGUUUUCCAUUUUUCCGACAGAGCUCUUAUUAACUGAAUUAGCAAUCUCGAAGGCUGAUAUAGUGAAUCGUCCCAAUUAACCCAGAAGAAUCGCAGAAGCCUCUGGCAUUGCUCACAUGCUUCAAAGAGCGAGAUUCUCAUGUCUCCUGUUUCAGGGCAUCAUUUCUCAAGCUGUUCGUGGGCUUGCUGUGCCGACAAGAUUACAACACAGUGUCUGAACCGAUGACUGUGAGAGGUUGAAAACUCGAGCUGCUUUUACUUCCUUGCCAGAGAUUCUGACGAGAGGAGGCCGAGGCAUGAAGCUGAAGCAGCUCAGCUGAAGCAAGACCUUUUCGUCGCCAUCGCCGCUUGAUGACAAGCUCCGUGUUGAUAGGUUUUCUUUUCCUUUCCUUUUGAUUCUGAAUUCUUAUUUUGUCAGGAGAGUGUCGCCUUUUUCCUCAGCUUCUGGAAUCUGAUGUUCCACAGGCAAAUACCCUGUAAGUAACUCUCCCUUUUAUGGGAUUUUCUUUUUUUCGAGGAAGUUGUAGUCUCUAUUUUUUUUAAUGAUCAUGAUCAUGCUGCUUUUUUGUGCUUCGGGUGAUACGUGGUUGAGUUGUAACAAGAAGUAAAUAAGGAACCAACAAGAAUCUGAUUUAGCAACGCGUUAUUUGCUCUGUGUUAAAAAGCUUCAGAAAUGCAAAUUAUUUGCUCUGUGUUAAAAGCUUCAGAAACGCGUUGAACACUUGCUUGUUAGAUUUUAAUCGCCGCUGUUCUGAUCUUGUAUUGAUGUGUUGCUUCUUCCACCUAAGGUUUUCAUGGGAUUGAUUUUUGUGCAAAGAAAAAAAAUACAGGGGCGAAAGCAAACAUGUGGGCUCAAACUUCUGAAACAUGUGGGAUGAUUUUUUGUGCAAAGAAAACAAUAGGGGACAAAGCAAACGGUAUCUAAAAUUAGGUACUUUUCUUUUUUCUUUUUAAAAUUCAAUCUCUUAUUUUGGUAGGAGAGACAUGUCCGACAGUCUUCUUCCUCCGUGAGCCUCUGGAAUCAGAUAUUCAACAAGCAAAUAACCUGUUUUCAUGGGAUUGAUAUUUGCGUAAAGAAAAAAAAACAGUGGCGAAAGCAAACAUGUGGGCAGCAUCUGCUUUAGAAGUCGAAUCUGAAACAUGUGGGAAUCAUGUGGUUUGAUUUUUUUUUUCAAAAAAAACAUGACAGAAGAAAGCAAACAUGUGGGCAACAUCUGCAGAGGGAGACGGUUUCUAAAGUUAGUUAGCUUCUAGAAUCGGAUGUUCAACAAGCAAAUACCCUAGCAUCAUUUCUCGGGCAGUCUCGUGAAACGGGAUACUGGGUUUGCUGUGCCGACAAGAUAACAACGCAGUGUCCGAAACAACACUGACCGCGAGAGCUUGAAAGCUCGAGCCGCUUUUACUUUUCCACCGGCCUUUCUGACGAAAGGAGGCCAAGAUGGGAAGCUGAAGCAGCUCAAGCAAGACUUUUUCGUCACCAUUGCCCCCCUCGGCUGCUGCCCGAUGACAAGCUCGUGUUGAUCAGUCUGUUACAAUCCAGAACCUUGAGAGCAAUUUCAUAAGUCAAAUCGAUGGGCAAUUUCUAAUGAGGAUUCAGAUGGAGAAUACAAUAUACAGGUUUGUUCUUGGUAAUCAAACCUAUCAUAAGAUAACGCCUGCUUACAAGAAUCCAUGAGGUUUGGACGGAUAGUGCGUAAGCUGAAAGCGGUUAAUCCUACCAAGCCGCCUCUGAAUUCUAAUGUACUCAAUGGAAAAUGGGAGAUCAUUUAUACGACCUGUGUCCAUUUUUCAGAUAAAGAUACCACAGACGUGACUGAGCUCAGCCUCACCAAGACAAUGUAGGAACUAACAUCUAUGCUUGAACAACAAUGAGAAGUCUCAUAGUCCUCCACAGAAGAUUUCUUCAGUAAUCACAAGAAAUACCGAGAAUGCUGCAGGAUAGAAGCAAAGAAACAGAAAGAUCCAUCCUUCCACUCCUGCCACUUCACUACUUGAAAGGAAAACUCGGGAAAAUCUUUCUCUGAAUAUCCAUCAGUGGGUUCUCCAGCGUUAGUGAAAAAAUCGUUUGAUAUAUGGAUAGCUGUCUUGACUUAGAUAUCAGCAUUCUAUGAUGUUGAGUGAAGUAGAAAGUUUUGUUUUCAGCCCCAUUGAUUUCCUCGAAUUCGUGUAUAUUGCCAAUGUAGUACUACUUAGAUGUAGAAUGUAUGUAUUUUUUUGCAUAUUAUUUGCCCUUUGUCAAAAGCUUCAGAAACUCGAAGAACACUUUUGUGUAGCCUCUUCCUCCUAUGGUUUGAUGGUGUUGAUUUGAUGCAAAGAAAACAACAGGGGUGAAAGCAAACCUGUGGGCAACAUGUGCUGGGGAAGACUGGAGUUAGGUACUUCUUUUUCUUCCUCAAAAUUCAGUUUCUUAUUUUGUUAGGAGAGUAUCUUCUACUUUCAAAAUUAGCUUCUGGAAUAUGAUGUUCCACUGACAAAUACCCUAUUAACCUGUAAGCAAUUCUCUCUUUUAUGUUUUAGUCUCUUUUUUAAAAUGAUCAUGGUCAUGCUGCUUUUUUCUGCUUCGGAUGGUUUAUGGUUCAGCUCUAACAGGAAAUAGGUGAGGAACCAACAACAAUAUGACUUAGAAAUUAACAAAACUUUAUAAGUUGAAAAUAUAUACAUUUUUCAUAUUAUUUGCCACAUGUUAAAUGCUUCAGAAAUGCGUAGAAUACUUGCUUCUUAGAUUUUCAUCGCUGCUGUUCUGAUCUUUUAUGGAUCUGUACUUUCUUCCUCCUAUGGUUUCCUCGGGGUUAAUAUUUGUGUAAAGAAAACAGGGCAGACAGAAAACACUGGGGAAACAUCUGCAGAGCGAAACCGUAUCUAAAGUUAGACGAUUUUGAUGAAAGGAGGCUGAGGCGCGAUGCUGAAGCAGCUCAGGCAAGACCUUUUCGACACAAUCCCCCCUCGAUCAUGGCGCCAUGCGAUUGAGAUUCAAGCAGUGGCGCGAUGAAAGGAGGCUGAGGCGCGACGCUGAAGCAGCUCAAGCUCCGUGUUGAUCAGGUUUUCUUUUCCUUUCCUUUUGAUUAUGAAUUCUUGUUUUGUCAAGAGAAUGUUGCCUUUUUCCUCAGCUUCUGGAAUCUGAUGUUCCACAGGCAAAUACCCUGUAAGUAAUAAUUCUCCCUUUUAUGGGAUUUUCCCCUUUUCGAGAAAGUUGUAGUCUCUAUUUUUUUAAUGCUCAUGAUCAUGCUGCUUUUUAAUUCUUCGGUUGUUAUGUGGUUGAGUUGUAACAGGUAGUAGAUAAGGAACCAACAAGAAUCUGAUUUAGAAGUUGGCAAAACUUUUAUAGAUUGAAAUGUAAAUAUUUUGCAACUUAUUUGCCCCGUGUUAAAAGCUUCAGAACGCGUAGAACACUUGCUUGUUAGAUUUUAAUCGUUGUUGUUCUGAUUGUGUUGAUGUUUUGCUUCUUCCACCUAAGGUUUUCAUGGGAUUGGUUUUUGUCCAAAGAAAAAAAAAUAGGGGCGAAAGCAAAAAUUAGGGCAACAUCCGAAGAGGGAGACAGAAUCUAAAAUUAGGAUAUGAUGUUCAACAGAUAAAUACCAUCGCUUCUUCCACCCAAGGUUUUCAUGGGGUUGACUUUGGUGCAAAGAAAACAACAGGGGCGAAAAGCAUGCAUAUCAGCAACAUCUGCCGAGGGAAACAAUAUCUUAAGUUAGGUACUUUUGUUUUUUCCGUUCAAAAUUCAAUUUUUUAAUUUGUUUUUUCCUUGUCUUUUUCCUAAAAAUUUAGCUUCUAGAAUCUGAUUAUGAACAAGCAAAUAACGUCAGAUUCUAGAAGCAAAUAACCUCUUAGUAACUCUCUGUUUUGUUUUACCUUUACAUUUUCGAGAAAGUUCUAGUCUUUUUUUUUUUUAUGUUAGUAUCUCUGCCUUUUUGUACUUUGGAUGAUCUGUUGUUGAGUGGUACGAGACCUUACGUGAAUCUGAUUUAGAAGACUUGGUAUAGAUUGAAAAUGUGUAUAUUUUGCAUAUUAUUUGCCCUGUGUUUAAAGCUUCAGUAACGUGUAGAGCACUUGCUUGUCAGAUUUUCGUCGUUGUUAUUCUGUUCUUGUGUUCAUGUGUUUCUUCUUCCUCUUAUGGUUUCCACGGGGUUGAUAUUUGUGCGGAGAAAACGGCAAGGCCGACAGCAAACCUUUGGGCAACAUCUUAUUUAGAAGUCGAAUCUAAAACAUGUGGGAAACAUGUGUGUUGAUUUUUGUGCAAUGAAAACAAGAUGGGAGAAAGCAAACAUGUUGGCAACAUCUGCAGUGGGAGAUAAUAUCUAAAGUUAUGUGCUUUUCUUUUUUCUUUUCAAGAAUCAAAAUUCAAUUUUUUUUUUAUUUUGUUAGGAGAGACAAGCUGACAGUCUUCUUCCUCGGUUAGCUUCUAGAAUCUGAUGUUCAUCAAGCAAAUACCCUGAAAAGUACGAUUGUAGGACUUUCGAUUUCAGUCAGUAAUACCCAACAAUGAGAAGAAGCAGUCAGUCCUAUGUCAAAUAUCACAGAGGUCACAGAGGUGAGCAACAAUGAGAAGUCUUAUCAACCUCCCCAGAAGAUUUCUUAGGUGAUCACUAGAAUGCUGCAGGAGAGAAGUCUUAUCUAGCACUUCACUACUGAAGAGCAAAACUCGGGAGAAUCUUUCUGCGAAUAUCCAUCAGUGGGUUAUGGAAAAAUCAAUGAUAUAUAGAUGGGCUUGCUUGUUAGAUUUUCAUCACUGUUAUGAGCUUCAGAAGCUCGAAGAAAACUUGCUUUUUAGAUUUUCAUCACUGUUUUGAUCUUGUAUUGGUGUAAAGCUUCUCCCUCGUGUGGUUUCAUGGGGUUGAUUUGGUGGAAAGAAAACAGCAGGGUGAAAGCAAACACGUGGGCAUCUGCAGAGGGAGAUAAUAUUUGUUAGGAGAGUGUCGGCUUUCUUCCUCACUUGCCUUCUGGAAUCUAAUGUUCCCCAGGCAAAUACCCUGAGCGAAGACAAACAUGUGGUCAACAUCCGCUGAGGGGGAUGGUAUCUAAGCUUAGGUACUCUUUUACAUUUUUUCUCUUCAAAACCGAGUGUCUUCUUCCAGAGCUAGCUUCAAGAAUACGAUGUUCAACAGGCAAAUACCAU